AUGCAAUCCAGAGCCGCUAAGCGCUUGGACCAGCACGCAAGCCACGAUGUGGGAAAAUGGCAGCUUCACCACACGAUCCAUUCUCCCAACGACCAUCCUGAUCAACCCCAUACAAUGGCCGCGGUAACAGAAAACACCCCCCAGCAAUUGAGCGACGCGCUUGUCGCCUUUGCACUCGAAGGCCGCUUUCCCGAUGAUAUCUCCGUCCUCCCUCCUGUUUCCGAAACCGACCUACAACCUGCGAUCCAGGCUCUAGCAGAAGCCAAGCAAGGGCUGGAGGCCGAGCUACACACCAUCAACCAAGAGACAAAACAAGAUGUCGACUCGUGGGUACGGAAUUCAAAGACCUUGCAGGAGGACAUUUUCCGCUCAAAAGCAAUGGCCAACGAGAUUGAACGGCAAUCUGAGGCUCCCGAUGUCUCUGGGGAAGCUGCGGAAGACGCAGAAGAGAAGGCAGAGUUUCUAAAUCGUGAAGUUCAGUACAGUCAACAACUUCAUGGCGUGUUGCAAAGUAUCAAGAGCGUUCAUCGGCUCUUAAGUGAGGUGGAGACUGCUAAGAAUGAACGUCGCAUCAUAGAUUCUUUGCGACUUCUUGAGAAAUCGUGGGAAGCGAUUGAUCAAAUAGGUGUCAGCAAGUCUUGUCGAGUGAUGAAGCUUUUAGAUCUGCGGAGUUUCGAGCUCAAAUCCGCUGUCCAUGAGGUUUUCGAUCAUAUUUGGAAGACACUAAUCCAUGCCGAUAUUGAGACUCGCCAAUUUGCUGUGUACGACGCUGUCAAGGGUAUGGAUAUCGGCGAUAUACCGCAAACCUAUAAAGAGGUUGAUGAGCGUAUGGAACAGCUAUGGCGAAACGUAGAUGCUGCAAUCAUAUCUCCUCGCAUGGAUAUCAGGAACGACACUUUCCCCUCGAUACAAGCCGAUGAGGAUGUUCUUAAAUUAUCUGUCGAAGCGUCAAGAUCAGUCGACGCUCUACUUGCUGACUUGGAAACAGCAUUCGCUUUCCUCGCUCGAAAACUGCCCUCUACUCUUCUGCCACCACUUGGCAACUUCAUGAUGGCCGACGUAAUACCCAAACUGAUUGGAGAGUGGCUGGUUCCAGCUGUGCCCUCGUCGCUCAAGGAGAUGGACAACUUCCAAGCAAUGAUCAAAAGGGCCCAGGAGUUUUGUCAAUCACUCACUGAUAAUGGAUAUACCGGUUUUGCGGAUCUGCAGAAUUGGGUUGAUAAUGCACCAUCAAUAUGGCUAGGGAAAUGUCGAGAGACAACUCUCGAUUCUGUUCGAUCCAAGCUACUUGAUGGCAUUGGCGAGUCCAAGCAGGUCGAAAAGGUCGAGAAGCAGAUGGUAUCGAUCGCAGAAGGCAAAAAGAUAACCAAGACACCAGGAGGGGCUGGCGCAACUGCCGAAACCGCUGAUUGGGGUGCUGAUUGGGGCGAUGCAUGGGACGAAGACAACGAGCCGCCCAGAGACGAGAGCAAGCCCACGACGAAGGAACCAGAUUCUACCAAGGCUGAUGAAGAUGAUGGCGCAGAUGCGUGGGGUUGGGACGAGGAAGACACUACUGCUGAAGCUCAAGACACCAAACAAACUGCCGGGAAGGACGAUGAGGACGAUAGUGCUGCUGCUUGGGGCUGGGGUGAUGAAGACACUGCUCAAGCACCAGAACAAGCCCCGGCAACAAGAAGCAAGAUUCCACAGGCUCAAGAAGAAACUCGAGAGCUUGUUUUGAAGGAAAUUUACAGCGUUUCGUCUAUGCCCGAGCCAGUUCUCGAGCUUAUCUACGCUAUUCUGGAGGACGGUGCUGCAUUGACAAGGGACGAUGUUGAGUAUGCGCCAGUUGCAGCCACAGCCCCUGGACUCUUCGGUUUACCCACGUUCGCUUUGGCAUUGUUCAGAGCCAUCUCGCCAUACUACUACUCUCUUAGCGAAGGGGGCAACAUGUUCUUAUACAACGACGCUAUGUAUCUUGCAGAGAGACUCUCUGAGUUUGCUGAUGCUUGGAAGAAGCGCGAAGACCUGACCCCCAGAGCCCGGAAUAUGUUGCGACUUGACAACGACAUCAAGAGCCUACAGAGCUUUGCCAAUCGCAGUUACGCCAACGAGAUGAACAUCCAGAAAACUAUCCUUCGCGAUUUUCUCGGUGGAGCUCAAAGUUUGAUGCAGCAGGACGAAAUGGAGUCUUGCGUAGAGUUAGCUACAGGGCGCAUUCGCGCGAUGGCUUCUGUCUGGAAAUCCAUCCUGGCUCGUUCAGUUUGGACGCAGGCCUUAGGUUCUCUGGCUGAUGCUGUCGCAACCAAGCUGAUAACAGACGUGCUUGAGAUGUCAUCUAUUGGCCAGGAUGAGGCCUACAAUAUCGCAAAGGUCAUCGCUGCUGCAACAGAGCUUGAUGACCUCUUCUUGCCUAGCGUUUUAACAGGUACUGCAAGUGCAGAGGGUGAGGUCCCCCAAACAGCUCAGUACGCACCCAGCUGGCUUCGUCUUAAGUAUUUGAGCGAAGUACUUCAAAGUAAUCUUAAUGAGGUGCGCUACCUAUGGUUUGAGAGCGAGUUGAGCCUUUACUUUACUGCUUCAGAAGUCAUUGACCUCAUCGAGGCUAGCUUUGAAGCGAACCCGCGAACGAGGGAUACAAUUCGGGAGAUUCAGUCCAAGCCUGCUCCUGUAGCUGAGCGGUGA